AUGGUUUGCGACCACACAAAACUGAGCAUUGCACAAAUCGUGUUCUACCUACCAGUAGUAAUCACGUCAGCAUACCUUGCCUGCUAUCGACAUGGUCGGCCUCGUAUGGCAUGGAUCAUCUUGAUGAUUUUCUCCAGUAUUCGCAUCGCCGCAGGCAUCGUGGUUAUUGUUUAUGAGCAAGUCCCUCGUACGGGUCUGAUGGUUUCGUCACUCAUUCUUCUUAAUGCCGGUGUUUUCCCUUUGAUUGCGGCGACUCUAGGGUUUAUCCGAAUCAUAUAUGGGUUUACGUUCUACGGGUUCGAAAAUCUAACAACUUCCAGUAUAUCUCUUGAGAAGAGCAUGAAUCCAAGAAUUCGCCAAUGCUUACUCCUGUCGCGUAUCCUUUUCUUCGCCGGCAUUGGGCUCACAAUUGCGGGGGGAGUUCUGGAGGGUAGCGACAGCAUUGAUGAUGUUAUUACUGGCAAUAAGCUUGUUAAAACUGGAUAUAUCUUGGUUGUUGUAUUUGUUGCUUGUUUGUUGGUAAUUCAAGCGUAUUUUUGGACGCAAAAAUCGCGGUUAGCCCGUACAAGUCGAAUGAUUCUCACUUCUACAACAAUUGCGAUCCCGUUUAUUGCCACCCGCAUAACAUACCUCUUCCUUUCAGUUUUCCAUGUAUCUGAUCUAAGAUGGAGUGCUCUACUCGGCCCAGUUGCCCCAUUUUUGCUCAUGGGAUUGGUGAUGGAGUAUUCUGUUGUUUGUGUAUACCUCACAACUGGCUUUUUGAUACCCUGCCUGAAAGCUGUCAAGGUGUGA